AUGGAAGCCUUUGAUCUCUCCGCUGCUCCCCCGGAAUUCGCGGUCUGGGCACCAACAGUUUAUGCCCUUAAUGCUUACACCAACAUAAUCUGGCUCUAUGUGUACUAUGGCAUGAUAUACCGAUCUUACAAAGACAAGUCCUUUGCCAUGCCACUCAUUUGCCAGUGUCUCAACAUCGCAUGGGAGAUCACCUUCGGUUUUCUAUUCUCUCUAGACCACUGGCUAAUCAGUCUUACCUUCCAAGUCGCCACGAUAAGCAACUUUGGCGUCAUCUUCGCGGCGAUCAAGUAUGGGUCCAGAGAAUGGGACCGAUCCCCAAUGAUACAACGCAACUUGCCUUGGUUAUAUGGCGGUGGGAUAUUACUGGCAAUUGCAGGACACACUUGUCUUGCGUCAGAGCUCGGCAUGGUGAAGGCUUGCUUCGCGAACGCAAUUGUAUGUCAGGUUAUCCUGAGCGUUGGAUAUGUCAGUCAGCUUUUGGUUCGGGGAGCCACGCGUGGAUUUUCCCUUCAAUUAUGGUUCUUCCGGUUCACGGGCUCGUUGACUCUAAUCCCGGAGUUUUACCUUCGUAUUAAGUAUUGGCCUGAGGCUUUUGGAUGGCUGGGCGAGCCUUUUAUGCUCUGGUGCUGUUAUCUCUAUCUCGGCUUUGAUUUGGCAUACCCAGUGCUCUUUUGGUAUAUACAACGACGGGAGAAGGAGGAGGCGAUGGCCAAGGCUAUUAAGGACAGGUAG